AUGAAACUCUCGUUCCAAUUCAAGGGUGUUGAUUUGGCUGAUUUGCUGAAAUUGUCCAACGAGGACUUUGUCAAGUUGUGCCACGCCAGAGUGAGAAGAAGAUUCUCCCGUGGUAUCAACUCCAAGCCAACUGUCUUGAUCAACAAGUUGAGAGCUGCUAAGUUGGCCACCCCACCUAAUGAGAAGCCAGCCGUUGUCAAGACCCACCUCAGAGACAUGAUCAUUGUCCCAGAGAUGAUCGGUUCCGUCGUCGGUGUCUACAACGGUAAGGUCUUCAACGUUGUUGAGAUCAAGCCAGAGAUGGUUGGUCACUACUUGGGUGAAUUCUCCAUCACUUACAACCCAGUCCAACACGGUAAGGCCUCUGCCGGUUCCUCCAAGUUGAGAUUGUACUAG